AUGGCACAAGCAGAGACUGAUCAAUCAAAUGGCGAUUCACAAAGAACGGUAGCCCGGGCUGCUUGCUUAAAUUGUCGUACUGCAAAAAGACGAUGUGACGGCGUUCAACCUAUUUGCGGACCAUGCGUUAAUCGUGGUGUAGAACCGGGAGGAUGUAAUUUUGUUACUUCAAAAAGAGGUGGACCUCGUUACAAAGGUGUAAAAGGUGCAGACGCAAUCAAAGUCAAAGCUGAACGUGACAGACGAUUACGUGAGGAUCAAAAGAUGAGAAAGAAAACGGAUAAAGGAGAAUCGUCAAAAUCUGUUCGUUCCAAUCAAAAUCCAGCUGCUUCAAGUACUGGAGGUAGCGGAAGCACAGGCAGUGAUAGCCCAUACCAAAAUGAGAUUCCACAGAAUCAAUGGGGAUCGCCACAUUAUGCCACACCUUCAAAUGCAUCCUUUCCAUACUCGCCUGCCGUCUUUGCAGCUGUCCCUUCACCACAUCAGGGCUCGGCAUACGGCACACCAUCUUCUGCUCAACCAUUCAUGCCAACAUCAGAAGGAAUCGGGAGAGAGCAGCAUUACUACCACAGCCAAGCACAGCAAAUGCCCGGCCAGCAAUUCAUCGCACCUGAACAACCAGCAGCAUUCCCUCCACCACCAGCUCAGCCAAUCAACAAUCUGCCUUCAGCUAUACCAACUGCAGCGGAUCCUUUCGGUCAACCUACACACAGCUUGCCUCUUUCUGAUGCAUUCCCUGGAUUUGGAUCGGGUGAACUGUCGUUUGCAAAUCUGGAGCUAUGGCAGCGACUUCAAGAACGUGAUGCGGGACAAAGCGAGAAUGGUCAGUUCUCGGACUUCUUCUCUCGACUGGAAGUUUUGCCAAAAGCAGGUAUAAUCGGUGGUGGUGACUGUGGAGAUCCUUUGGAUGUUUUAAUGGAUUGGGAAGGCGGGCAAACGGGUGGGAACGUACAGGAUAAUGAACAAGGCGUUCGAACGCUACUGUCAGACUUCUACGAGCUAGUCUAUCCUGCUUGUCCUGUCUUGCCAUCACCUGGCAGUCUACCAUCUUUGGCAUUCUACUUCUCCGGUAAAGGACCUUGUGGAUUGUUUGCAGCGCUGAGUGCUGUGGUGGCAUUGCAUUUACCGGACGAAGAAACCUACAAAACCCUCAAAGCAAGCCAGCAUCCUUUGCAGCGGUAUGAAGGAAGUCCAGUAGGAGGAUCAGUGGUGUCGUCACAAUCAAACAAGCCGGCAGAAGAUGUGGCGGCGUAUCAUGCCAAGACAUCUGAAUUCAUUCUACACCAAUAUGAAGAACAUCAAAGGACAUGCUUUAUGGACGCAAAUGCAACCAAUCCAUUUGACGGUAUGGACGAAGAGCUGAUAACGAUCGAAGCAGGUGCCGCUCAUACAUUAUUGUGUCUAUACUACUACGGAAGCGGAAAGCCAUUAGGACAUCAACGAGCAUACAAACAUGCCGUUGAUGGAUGGAAUCUGAUGCAAAAGCUUGAUAUUCAAAAGAAAACACAUGAGUGGGGUAUAGAUGAAGGCAAGGAAGAGCCUGCCAAUUCAAGAAAACCAUUUGCUGCUGAAAUCAAAUUGGAAUGGGCAAAACGUGUCUAUUGGUGCUCGUAUGCUGCUGCUACAGUGAUGAGUUGUACCGGAGGUUUUACGCCUUUUGGCAAUCCAAAGGAUGGCAUCAUGGAUCUGCAAUUGCGUCCAAGCUUGGAAGAUGUUUCGGCAUGGGGUGUAAUGGUACGUGGAGCACAACAAGUUUCAAGAAGUUAUAGGCUCUUAUAUGAAUUGGACAUGCUGAGAACACGUGUGAUCGAACGUGGAACGAAUAUGACGGGAGACGAGAUUCAACAAACCAUGAACGAACGACAAAACAUCUUUAAUGCAAUGUUGAAAUUGGAUACCGAAGUAGGCAACUACACUCGAUUCGAUGCAGGAUGGAGAGAUCCACCUCCAGAACCCGGAGAUCAAGGAUUCAUUUCGGCUGACAAAGAAUUGGCAAGAAGCUUGAAAGCAUCCGGACGAUUGAUGACGUCCGGCUCAAUGAUCAUCUUGCAUCGUGCUCAAGCAUUUUCCAAUGCUAGAGUGUUUAUGCAACCACAAUGCGGUAUCCCUCAAGCAGGCAGGUUGCAGAACACACAAGGCCACGAUAUUGGUGGGAACACGAUCAUGCAUCGAGCGGAAAUGGUAGAUCUUCCAGCGCCUAGAUUGAAUUACACACCAGUGCAAUCGCAGGCUGGCUCUGAUGUCGGCAUACCUCCUUCGAAUUCAAAUGGUGCUCAUUCAAGAGAUCAAGGGCAGUACAGUCAAGAUCAUACAGAGUCAUCCCAUCCAUUCUUGACCGAUCGUUUUGCCGGUGGACCGUUUGAGCCGCCUCAUUCGCUGGAUCGUUGUCGCUUUGCAGCAAGUACAAUGGUUGGCACUUUACCUCGUAUUUUGCGUGACAAAGGCCGGGUUCCCAAGCUACCGCCUUACAGUGCAUGUUCUUAUGUGCUGGGAGCUUAUUCAAUUCUAAUGUUAACACUUUUAAUUCAAGUUCGCGGAGAGAUGGCAGUACAAAAUCAAGAUGGAAGUAAUCAAAAUGUUACAAUCCAAGGACAAGAACUUAAACGACAAGUUGAACUUCAUCGUGCACCCGUUCGUGAUAUAAUUUUGGCUUUGCGUAAAUUUGCAAACGUUUGGGCGAAAGCGGCAGAUUAUGAAGUUGAAGUUUCAACAUUGUUGACUGCGAAUGAAAUCUUGGGAAAAAUGGCUCCAAAUUCUCGCAUCAUCCUUUGCAGACAUUCACAAGCAGAACACAAUGUCGAUCUCGAUUACAGCAUUCCUGAUGCACCUCUAACACCGCUAGGGAAGAAACAGUCAGCUGCAUUGUCACCACAAAUCACACAACUUCAAAGUGAAGUUGAUGUAUUGAUCACAUCACCAUUACAACGCACUCUUCAAUCAACAAAGUUGGGAUGGGGACCUGUGGUGGAAAGAUUGGGAAUCAAAAACGUCAUUUGCUUACCUCAAGCUCAAGAGUGUAACGCUUUCCCAUGUGAUACGGGAAGUGCUCGUGAAGUGUUGGAGAGCAAAGACGAGUUCAAGGAUUUCAAUUUUGAGUUACUAACCCCCGAUUGGACAAGUAAGAAAGGAUUCUAUGCGGCCGAUGAAAAAACUCUCAACGCCCGCGCCCAAUGGGUACGCCAAUACCUUCGCGGCCGUCCAGAAAAGAACAUUGUGCUGGUAGCACAUGGUGACAUCCUCCGCCGCAUCACAGCAUCUGAGAAAGGAAACAGUACUUACCAAUGGAAAAAUGCCGAAGUUCGCUUGUACAACUUCGACCCUGAAUUUGUAGAAAAAGACGCAUGUUACCUCAAGCAAAUCUCUGACGUUGCAGCUGCCGGUGGCUACGAGCAAACGUCCACCGAUAUGGAAUUCAACCCACAAGCAAAGCAUUAA